GGGACUCCAAGUCUCGAAAUGCAUGGCGUGUUACCUAAGCCGCACUGCCGCUCACCUUGGUCCUUGGGUACCUACCGUGCUACAGCCUGCCGACGGAUACUUGUACGGCGUGCGUACGGUCUGUACCUCCCACUUGGCCCUCCACCUAGAGCGCCACUUUAGUCCGUAUUGAUCUCCUGUUCGGACCUUUACUUCACUCCGACCGCAUCUGUUUGUUCUGGAAACAACUUCGCCUCCUUUGAUUUUCCCAACGUCUGAAUCUGAUACCCUCUUGCUUUUCGACUCACGAGAAACCUUGUGGUUUACUCACCUUGAUACCGACCGACAGCAACACUCGACAUUCCGCUGAACACUUCUCGAGCAACACUUUGAUAGCCCAUCUAGAUUCAAGUGGGGGUUAGUCUCACAACAGGCACCAUGGACAGACAAACCAUCAUCGAGACCAACCGGUCGCUGCGCACCAUCAAGAACGAACUCGAGAACCUCCUCGAAAAGGGCGUCAUCUCCGAAGAUGCCUACGACAGCAUGCACGCCACCCUCCCCGCCGAGACCCCCCUCCACGGCGCCGCAUCCCGCGCCGCGCCCGCCGCCGCUACCCCCGUCCAGCACAACAACCCAACCUCCCCGCCGGCCCCGACCGCCGCCAUGGCCGCCCUGAACGUCAACCCCUCCGCCUCCCCGGCGCCCCCCUCCUACAACCAGACCGGUCCCCCCUCCCUCCCGGCCCGCACAAACGAGAAGCCCGUCCUGGCGCACGCCCGCGCGCUGUACCGCUACGCCGGCGCCGACGCCCGCGACGUGGCCUUCGAGAGGGACGACCGCAUCGCCAUCCACGAGUACAUGAACGCCGACUGGUGGAUGGGCCGCAACCUCCGCACCGGCCAGGAGGGCAUCUUCCCCAAGACGUACGUCCUCGUCGAGCAGGACAUGGCCAAGGGCGCCUUCGCUCCCGUGCCGGCGCCUGCGCAGCCUCAGUAUGCGGCCCAGCAGCCGCAGUGGGCUCCUCAGCCGCAGUACGCCCAGCCUCAGGGCCCGCCGCCCCAGCAGAACCCUUACAACGCCGACGCGCCGCCUCAGGCUGUCGCGGACCAGAGCACCGGGGGUAAGGAGGGUGGCGGUAAAGGGGCCGAGAUGGGCAAGAAGUUUGGAAAGAAGCUCGGUAACGCUGCUAUCUUUGGUGCUGGUGCUACUAUCGGUUCCAACAUUGUCAACAGCAUCUUCUAAGUGUGUUAUUGAUGGUGAGGUGCUGCUGAAAAAUACGUUGGUGGUUUGCUACGUGACAUCUGGACGGAGAGGGUUCUUUCUGCUCGAGGAUGAACAUUGCUGGAAGGAAGUAAAGGGCUAGAUUGCCUGUCCUCCCUUUUCGUUAUCUGCUGGGGAACCGGGUGUAUAUCUGAAAUCGUCCUCAGCAAAGCUCCAGCCCGACAUGUCCCGCCAGUCGUGGGGAAGCUCGGCUGAAGUUGCUUUGAAUCGGGAUCGCUGCAUGGGGAAGAUUGGCACAUAUGGACACGCUCAUUCUGUUGUUGUUCCCUCUCUCCCGCUAAUUGGUCAUGGGUCUAGGCGUUACAUCUGAAUUUUUACAAGGCA